AUGUUGAGGGCGUGGCGCGACGUCAAGCAAGCAGACCCACUUCUGCAACCCCAGCUGGGACCAGACACCAAGGAAUAUGAUGAUGAGCACUUUCGUCCUCAGCUCCACCCGGACUCGAAUUCUCAACAUGUCUUCAAAUCGCAACAUAUACUCUUUGUAAAUAGAAAGGAGCUUCUUGGCCACCUAGUGCCUGCUGCUCCUCAGCUAGCCCCCCUUCAUGGACCACUUCGCAGCACUUACGUCUUCCCCUUGGACACUGAUCCCGACUACCCUCGUAAUCCUACUCGCAUUCUCAAUCACAAUGGGUCUCUUCUCGGGGAACAAGAUGCCCGUCGCGGGAAAGGCAAGUCUAUCGUCCAGCUACCACCCUGCUGCUGCCACCAGCUCCUAACCCGUCUCCAGACGGUCCUCAUCACAGGCGGAUCCGAAGGCAUGGGCCUCUCUAUCGCACAACAGCUCGCCGCCAAAGGAGCCAACAUCAUCCUCGUUUCCCGAAGCACCGCCAAGCUCGAAGAAGCUCUCAAAACCGUCAGAGCAUCAGCAAAGGACCCCAGCCAACGAUUCCACCACAUCACCGCCGACGUAUCCUCCCCCUCUUAUGCGGCACCUCUCGUCGCCGCCGCCACAGCGUGGAACAACAACCAAACACCCGACAUCGUCUGGUGCUGCGCGGGCACAUCCGCGCCCCAGCUCUUCGCAGAAAUGGAAAUGGACUCCCUCCGACACCAUAUGGACGUCAACUUUUACGGAACCGCCGAAAUGUCACACGCCAUCUUGAGAGCCUGGCUGUCGCCUUCGGCCCCCGUCGCGCCCGAGCCCAAGCAUCUCAUCAUGACUACCUCCGCAGUAGCACUGUACACUAUCCCUGGAUAUGCGCCCUACGCACCCUCGAAAUGGGCCCUGAGAGGCCUCGCAGACACCCUCUCGCAGGAAGUCAUGAUGUAUCCGCAGAAUGUCAAGGUCCACGUCGUGUAUCCCGGGACGAUUUUGUCACCGGGAUUCGUGCGCGAGGAACAAGUGAAGCCGGAAAUUACCAAGAUUCUAGAAGCGUCGGACCCGAGGCAGACACCAGACGAAGUCGCCGCAGCGUCAAUCAAGGGAUUGGAGAAUGGCGAUUACUUCGUCACGGUGAACUGGCUCGGGAACUUGAUGAGGCUGGGCAUGCUGGGGGGUUCGUUCAGGAAUAACUGGGUUGUUGAUACGCUCGGCGCAUGGCUGGUUGCCAUUAUAUGGAUCUUUGUGCAGCCUGAUUUGCAUGGGAAGAUUAGAGCCUAUCGCAAGAAACACGGGCAUCCUAGCGCACGCACAUGA